ACUCCAAGUGCCAGAAAACGAAAGAAGAUAGACUGUUGUAGCGAAAUUGGGCCUUGUUGCUCACAAGCAGACAAGUUUAAGUUGGGCUUCAAUGCUUCAUUAGAAAAGCGUUGGUAAAUAAUUGAAAUGAACGUGCUUGGAUAUUUUUAAACUGCCUAGCUUAGCGGAUAUUAAUCAAAACACAAACCGAGUGAAUUGGAAAUGAAGAUGAAACGAUUUUUCACCUCGAAAGGGAAGAAAAAGAAGUCGAACUCUGAUGCGAUAUUGGACGAAAAGAUAAUUGAAAUAAGUGACGCCGAUAAUUCCCUUGCAUGUAAUGACUCAUAUACAUCCAGCCAAGAGCAGAGUAAGAAUGGAACGAAACGUAUUGCCACCAAGAAAGUUUCAAAACCCCGAAGUCCUUCUGUUGGCGAAAUAUUUAUUGACCCCGCUGAACUUGAGAACGGACAUUCGUUGAUCUCUGCCAAUCAAUCUAACGUCGUUCUAAGAAGAUCUUCUCGUGAUGCUCUUGGAAACGGCAAGCAUUCACACCGACAGAGCCAAGAUCGGAUUCCCGGCUCCGAGUCCAGCUCCCGGACUGCAUCCUCCGCAUCUUCACAAUCCUUCACUGGAGGAAGAAGAUGGUCCGCCCGUCGUCCGUGGUCACUCGUAGAAUCUUUUCGUGGCCAGACGCUGUCGGAAUUUGCCGAAAGUCAGCCUAGAUCAUAUACCCCUGAAGCUCCAAACCACCUUAACACGUCAGAACCUGCGGCCACUUUCACGCGCGGUUUUACAUUAGAAGAAAUUCAACCGACCGCAAAAGGUGGCCGAACUAGAACCUUAACACUGGAUAAUUUCUUCCGUAGAUUCAAAAAAUCGACCUCGUCCUCUUCCGGUAAGAGUCCAUCAGACACAGACUCGUCAUCAGGGAUUUUCGGCAGCGGUCGUGGCUCUUUUCGACUAAAGGGAUCCAAAGGGAAAAAGUCGAAAAAGAAACGCAAAGGAUCAUCAUCUGACUCUUCAACCCAAAUUGAGCAUUCCUCUUCCGCAUCUGUGUCUGAUUCCAGGCUUUCAAGAGUGGCUAGCAUACCAGAGGAAAGCUGCAUACCACCUAACUCAACACCAACAGUUGUUGCGAACAAAUACGUUCGAACACAAAGCAACGGCAGCUCUGCAAGCACUGAUACUGUAAUCAGCAUCUCGGAGGUACCUGAAACGGUAAAGCACGUCCCCUUUGCAAAACCAACAUCGGACAAUGUAUUUGCAAAAGAGAUUUUAGAAUCUGCGUGCUCGGAGUACCAGGACGAGUACAUAUCCUCGGAAAGACAUGACCACUGUGUUGUUACAGAUUCUCCCGAAUACACCACGGUAGGAGAAGAUAUCUCUAUAAUAGAAACAAGCUCAUCCUACGUCUACUCCAAUGCUGCACCUUCAAGAUCUCAACCUACCCUAAGCUGCAACGUAACCCCGUCUAAUACAUUAGGCGCGCCUACCCCAGUUAAACGAAACGCAGAAACAGACAUUUGUGAUGAAAGUUCAUUAACAAGUGUUUCAACCACGGAGGGCUCGGUCACAUUCAGUAGCUCCGCGACUUGUUUAGCACAUCGAACGAUUGAAUCUAUCCAGGCAACAGAGAUGAACACGCAAACAUUACCUCGGCGCCGCAGCCACACAACAACACCUGUACAACUACGGAAACCACUGAACAACCAAGUUAUGUACGCCUCGUCACCACAGCUAACCGGUACAUCCCAUGUACAAAGACCUCACCUUUCAUCAACCUUGCAUCCUCCUAAUUUUUCAAGCAACAACGAAAGUUUGGACAGAAAAGGGCACAAAAAAGCGAGCGGUUCUAUAUCGUCGACCGACGGAAAAUCUACCACCGUAGAUUCGCCAAUCAAACGUGCGAUCGGCUACCCCGGAGUUGUUCUUCGUCGACACCAAAACCGUCGACCAAAGAAACAUACCGUGAAGCAGUCUUCUUCUAGUGGAGAUUUUAUGUCAGUGGAGCGACGUGCAAAGCAGGUUAUGUCGCUUAACAUGGAGGACUUACCGACCUAUGGUCAAAUGCAACACCGUCGCCGUUCGACUUCGCUUUUUACGCGCGAUGGACGCCCUGAGACUUUUCACCAAGGGGGUUUGUCGGGAGUAGAAGCCGGGCGGGCUCGGCUACGAGCCGCUCUACUCUACCAACGUUAUUCCUCACUCUCUACGAGCGUUGAUGACGUAAAUAUGAUCAAACUCAUGCUGGGAUCCCAGCAGUCACUAGAUAACUUGGAUAACAUGGACGACGAUGAAUUCCUGGAUAUGUACCUCGCCUCCCCGGACACGUUAACAGUAGGCGGUGACGCCGUUAGGUCCCAGCAACAGCAGGAACCAAGCUCAAAGCGCGUGAAAACCCUGAGGAAGUCCGUUGCUUCCAUUGCCAACCUCAUUUCCCCAGGAAAGCCAAGCAGAACCAAACUCCAGCGCUCUUCAAGUUUUAAAGAGUCUCCAGCUCCAUCCUUCAAGCCGUACAGACCACCCGGCAGUCAACAAAACACAGGGGCUGCGGGUUCGACUCCCUCAUCCGGCAGUACACCGGGGAAACGUAGCAACAGCGGUAGCGUAACGAAAAACCGUCGCAGUAAACUGUGGUGUGAGACAUUCGAUCAUCGCGGGGUAGAAGAAGCCGAACUAAAACGACAGGAAACGAUUUUCGAACUUUAUCAGGGUGAAUGUGACUUAGUGGACGACCUGCGCAUGGCUAAACAGACGUAUAGGGACUCGAUGGUGACUCUUAAGAUGCUCACAGAAGACGAGGUCACUCGCAUCUUCGGGAAACUGGAUUGCCUUCUUCCUCUUCAUGAAAAUCUUCUCCAGCAUCUGGAAGCUGAGAGGACAUCAGAUGGAAAAUGUGACGCCAUCGGUCACGUGUUUCUUUCCUGGUUUCCCACCCUUACACCAUAUAAUGAGUAUUGUGCGAAUCAAGCUGACGCCAAAGGCACCUUGGAUGCUGUGGUCAACAAGGAGGCGAGGGUUCGUGAUUUCCUGCAACGUUGCCUCGAAUCUCCGUUCAGUCGCAAGCUCGACUUGUGGUCGUACCUCGACCUACCACGCACUCGGCUUGUCAAGUAUCCGUUGUUGUUGAAAAAUGUUCUCAAAGCGACUCCAUCCGAUCACCCGGACGCUGUACAGCUUGAAAAAGCGCUGACGAUGGUUAAUGACGUCAUAACGCGAGUUGAUGACCUCACAGGCGAGCGACAAUCUAGAUUUGUUCUAAGUAAACUGGAUUUCUUGGACGACAAACAAAAAUGCCCAGAAUUGGAAGAAAGUCGUGCCCUCAUAUGCUCAGGGCAACUUAAAAGCUCCCGUGGCACGAAACUUCACGUCUUUCUAUUCGACCUGGUGCUGGUGCUUGCACGCAAUGUAACACGGAACGACAAGUCAUACCAAGUCUACCGACGCCCAAUACCACUCAGUCAUCUUAUUAUAGAAGGUGACGAGGGCGGACGAAUGAGUGGAUCAUUUCGUGGCGGAAUUUUGAGCGGCGAUAAAGCUAAAUACGCGUUUCGAGUUCGAUCCGACGAGUUGGGUUUAUCGUAUACUCUCAUAGCGGCCGAUGAGCACGACCGUAAGCAAUGGGUCAACUCUAUCACCGAAGCGACUGCGAAGUUUCAAUCUCGGCGUGGCUCCUCCGCGGGAUCUGAACCCUCGAAUCCCAGUCGUUGGUCAUCUGAUCGUCGGGCUCCACCCGCGCCCGAAGCGGUGCCUGUGAAACGCUCUUCUUCAGUAAAAAGCGACAGAGGCGGCCUAAACUCGUGGUACCGGAAUCGCAGCAUGACAGCCAACCAGCAAAGCGGUAUCAACCGUAAUGUUCCCGUAAAGAAAGAAAGCAGACGCCAAUCUCCAUUAUUUUCACGCCGCAAACCCCUCUCAAGAUCCCGACUAAGUCUCGCUGUGUCUAAAAGUAUCGACAAUGAUGAAAAUAUGGAAGUGUCGCCUUCUCCGCCCAUAGAAUCACCCAACCAAUCUGCUAUGUGUAGAAGAAGUCGGAGUCUCACAUCAUCACCCAUAACUCUACUAUCAGCUCCCCCACCCCGCUCAGCGGCCGGUCUGUCCCGUAGCGAGUCAUGCACGACCAAACCACCCACCGGCAGAGUUCACCAACUCGCUCAGUCAUUUUCGAACCCGAACUUUCAAAGUCCCUCAAAACCCCGCUACGGCAGCAAACUACAGCCCACGCUAUCCAACCCUGAACUACACCAACGUAUGGUGGUGAUCGACACGACAUUAGAAGAAGUGAAAGAGCGUCUCUCUUCACCCACCGGCGAAGAAGAGUCGACCCCUAUGGUCAAUGUCCUUACUGCAACACCUGGGUCAUCGGUCGGAAAUUCUCCAGUUGUGAAAAAUCAUCAAAACAUGUCCCAUCUGUUCAUAGACUCCCCUGAUCACCCCGCAGCAUCCAAUACCUCCCGUAACUUCCCAAUGGACGAGGAAGACUCCAUCUCUCCUCUUUACAAAUCUCUCCCUACCACCACCUGCUCCUCUUCUCUCUUCUCCUCCUCAUCGUUUUCCUCCUCCUCCUCCUCCUCGGUGAUGCCCAUAUUAGGAUGGACGAUACCAAAGCCGAGCAUCGACAGCACAAAACCUGACGUAUUCGCCGAGGAUUGUGACGUCACUUUGUCUUCUGUGACGGAAGAAGCGUCAUCCAACUUGGACGGUGACAUCACACCAACCAAUGAAACACUGUCCAUUUUCAGCCCCUCUGACGUCACGAAGGCUCUCUGUGACAUCAUAGAUACUGUUUGCUCGCAGGAGGUAAAAUCCACCGGUGUUAUUUUAACGAGCGACGACGGACUACAGUUUCGAGGCAACAGAGACGAGGUUACAGUGUAGUUUAACUAUCACCUCUGGUACUUAGUUCCAUCAAUUUUAACAUUUCCACGUCACUGUUCAAACUUAAGGAAUCGCUAGAAGGCUGAACGCUGCUCAAUCGAGCUGUGACAACUAAUCAUUCAAUUUCCCUGUGAUGGUAGAAAUUUAUACAAAUUUGAUAAAUCUAAAUUCGUUCAGCUUCAAUAUCAUUCCAUACCUGCCGUCCGCUCUCAGUUGUCAAAUGCGACAUACUUAUUUAGCCCCCCCCCCCCACCACUGUUGUUUCACUCGUUCUAGUGUUCUUUGUUUCUUUCUUGCCCAGUGCGGUCCUUGCUCAAUUUGCUGCUGAACUGUGAAGUUGCAGAAGCAGCUCUGCACCUUUGCUUUCAUAUUGUUGUGCUCUUUUAUGAUAAACUACAUAAAUCAAAUAAACAUGCACAAAAUU